UAUUCAUCAUUAGAGUAAGCCUUGAAGUAGUUAAAGUGAUCCUUUGCAAGCAUACCCAUUUCCCCUGAUCCCUGCCGAUUAAUUGUUGAGAGGGCAGCUGUUUCCCCCAAUUCAGAAUUAAAACCAACCCUAUCCUGCUGGUCAAUGGAUGUGGACUUAAUCCGUUUUUUUUUAGUAUUCUUCGGUUCAAGCACUGGGGCAGGUGCAAAUAAAACUUCUUGACAAACGAAGAUACUUUUGAUAAUAUACCAACUCUACCGACUACGUCUCUUCAAGGAUAUAUCUACUCUCCGAGGCGUUGUGCCUAGUGGCCACCAGAUGGCGCUGUUUCUCCACAAUAGAGUAGUGAACUUGAUGGUAAGUGCAUAAAAAGCAGACCAGGGGAUGCUGAAGAAAACAGGCGGGUGCGAGAACGUUGUGUGCAAUUAGUGUCCAACUGCGAUCUUUUGUCUGGCUACUUCGGGGCCAUUGGCCUCGUUUGCGCCAUAUGCCUUGAAUGAGCUGUCACAACGCAUGGUCAUCUAGACGUGACAUUACCAGCAGCUGCACAUACAAGCAAAAUCCUACAUACAGUAUAUAAUGGCGUUGAGCACUUCACAGAAUUGCAAUAAGUUCAGGUAACAAAUGUCGAUGCUGAUGUGUUGUAUAUUCAAUAUGUUAUCAAUUAUGAAUGAGAUGCAUCUUAACCGUUAUUCAGUAUUUAAAUAACAUAGGCUAGUAUAACGUUUAGGGGAUGGCCUUAAGUUUUCAUUCGGAUGAUCAUAUUCAUACCAUGCAUAUCCAAGCAUGAACACGAAACUAGGUUUAUCCUAGAUAGAAUUUUAGUAAAAUAAUUAUAAAACACUGCAACUUUAUAACUAGUUGGACGGGGGUUUAUGAAGGUGGAGAUUAUGUAAUCAACAAUGAUCUACAUCUGAUGUUUUUGAACAGCCUCCCACAAUGACAUGUGUAUUCCAACAACCAUUGCAAAGAGAAGCCUCAUAUCAUGAUAGUCUAUAUUGUUUAUAAUGAUAACAGUGUAAUGUGUGAACCAUGUCGGGCCUGCUGUGGUUAGAAUAACCAGCGCGCGCUCACAAGGGCCAGAUAUCGCGCCCUAUCAGUUAAGCGCCUGCGGGAAACGAAUGUGUUGCUUAUGGAAAGGGAGAGGCGGUAAAAUGUACGUUAUUAAUAUCCACAUUUGAAUAUUCCUUGUUAACAUUUCCGUGUUCCCGAGUUAAAAGAAGGAGCUGGUCGGUCUAGCUGGCUGCCCGAGCGGUUAUUGGAUGGGCUCUGGGAGGCUAACUUUAGCAUUCAUAUAGCAUCGACCUUCGCGCAAACUGCAUUAAUCGAUACGUUUGAUCAGUUCCCAUCAGCACGGGUGUCGAACAACCGUCCACAUCACCAGAAAAGUCGGUAAACAACGUUCACCAUCAGACGUGUCCGGGUCUUUCCCCGUUCACCUCGACGCGUUAGCUCAUUAGCAUAGCAGGCUAUCGCCUCAACGAGCCGCGUCUCGUGAGCUGCUCAGAAUUCACUUCCUCGAAGACGUCGAGCCCGAACGUGCGCGAGGUGAACCCGGGCGGCGCAUCGCACGGCCGUCGCCCGCCGUAUGGAUUCGAGCCUCGGGUGGAUAAUGUGCAUAUCGCGCCUCCCGCGCUCCGCUGUCUACUGUCAAAUCCUCAAAAUGGGGUCCGCUAACGCGCGUCUCCGCCAUUUUGUGACAGGUUCUUCCCGGAGCGGAGGGGAGCGUGUAAUGGUUGAACCCCGUCAGGAGGAGGGCCGACUGGCAGCUCAGCAGGGAUCAGGAGAAAUAUCACACUAUCCCCAGAGGUUAAAAAAAGACCUUUGAAGAGAUAGGGGGAUUCAAUCACAACUUCAUAUCAAUAAUUACACUGCUGACACAAUAUCUGGCAUAAAAGUUAAGACGAGUUUAAAUAAUGCUUUAAUUGAAAUGUGCAAAAGUUCAAUAUGGAGGAGAAAAGCUGACAUUAAGAUGUUAUGUUAAACAUUUAUCAUCCCUGCCUAUAAUACUAACGUUCUUUUUAGUUUUUAUUCAACUGACAAAAAGGUAAUAAUCAAGUAAUCCAAUAAUCUAGUAUCCUAAUUAUAAAUCGUAUCCCCCCCCAACACGCUUAAUAAAAACACCGGGUACAAGUGGCGGUGAUUGGUUCAUGGACUCAUGUCAGAAUCCACUUCGUACCAGCACUGCGACCACACCAUAGCUUCCCGUCACCCUCAUCCCGACCGCCGAGUCACAAACUUUACUUUAAUUGCACAAACUCCGAGGCAGAGAUGAUCGCACAAGCAUCCCUGGCGAGGGAUCCGUUUACGGUGUGCAUAAAGCGGGGUUUCUUCGGGAGGAGAUGCUCCUGUUGGUGUUGUGUUCACUGGGCAAAGUUAACACAAGUAAACACAAUCAGAUCACCAGUGAUCUAAUCAAAGUGUAAAACUUUAAUGUGGAACAUUGUUAAAGUUAAAGUUUUCCACUUGAAUCGCAGAGGUCCCGUCCCCAUCCCCCCGCGGACCAUGUCAGCGCGGCCCUGACCGUUUCCGACGGGGGUCGUUAAGUUGCAGAUGAGCCCUAAAAGAGAGAACCACCGUCUAUUGUUCCGAUAGAGCGCGGCACACGGUGCAGUACCGCGGCCCGGCCGCAGGGGGCGCUGCGUGCAGCUCGGGCCCGCGGCCUCCACGUCUUUUUGUCUGCCGCUCUACGGUGUGUGUGUGUGUGUGUAUGGUGUGUGUGCGAUUGCUCGGAGCCGCGUCCGUAACACACUGUCAAACCCCUCCAAACGACUUACUAUCGCAUCCCGGAGCGUUAAUUAAACAUCUUUCACCGCGGCGUGUUGGAUCCACCGGGGAAAGCGUCCGUGUUUGCGGGUGUUCUCCUGAAGUUGGUCCUGGUGAAGCGGCGGCUCUGUGGGCAUCAGUCUUUAUUAGCGGGCUGCUGGCGCUCUCCGGGCUAUCAGCUAUUUCUUUAACUUUUUAAACACGCAGCUUCGCGAAUGACUGAGCGCCGGCGGAGUAUGGGAUCCUUGGUGUCUUAGGAAGCCAGUCAGCGGGUCCUGGGCCGUUUUUGCAUGCAAAACAAUGGCAAAUUCGACGGGGAAAAAUGUACCAGACCAGCGGAGGAAAGGACAGGCUUUCCUGGACGAGCUGCGGCAAUUCCACCAAAGCAGAGGAUCACCGUUCAAGAAGAUUCCUAUCGUGGGUGGGAAAGAGCUGGACCUGAAUGCGCUCUACAUCAGAGUCGUCUCUUUAGGUGGAUUCGCAAAGGUCUCCGACAAGAACCAGUGGUCCGAGCUCGGAGAAGACUUUAACUUUCCCCGGAGUUGUUCCAAUGCGGCAUUUGCUUUAAAACAGUACUACCUGAGAUACUUGGAGAAAUAUGAGAAAGUACACCACUUUGGGGAGGACGAUGACGAGUCGCCACCGGGGAAUCCCAAAAUUUCUCUUCCAAUCGGUGCAAUUCCCUGCUCCUAUAACUACCAGCAACACACUGUAUCAGACUAUCUCCGCCAAAGCUACGGGUUGUCGACGGACUUCGCGGCGCCGUGCGACUACAACAAACUGGUGCUGUCGCUGCUCUCGGGCCUGCCCAACGAGGUGGACUUCGCCGUCAACGUGUGCACCCUGCUCUCCAACGAGAGCAAGCACGCCAUGCAGCUGGAGAAGGACCCCAAGCUGGUGACGCUGCUCCUCGCCCACACUGGCGUCUUCGACGACUCGCUAGGCAGCUUCUCUGGAGUGUUUGGGGCCGACUGGAAGGAGAACACGUCCCGGGACUUCGUCAGGUUCUGGAAGGAGGUGGUGGAGGAUGUGGAGAUCAGGGAGCUCAUCUGGGACAGGAGGAGCCCAACACAUGACGGUACGUCAUCGGACGCCCCCGUGCCGGCGCUGUUCCACCCGCCGCGGGCGCCCGGCAUCAGCGACAUGGAGGCCCAGCGGGUGCUGCAGGUGGCGGUCAUCCUGCGCAACCUCUCCUUCGAGGAGACCAACGUGAAGCUGCUGGCGGCCAGCCGCACGUGCCUGCGCUUCCUGCUGCUCUGCGCCCACUGCAGCCUCAUCUCCCUCCGCCAGCUGGGCCUGGACACGCUGGGCAACGUGGCCGCCGAGGUCCAGCUGGACCCAGUGGACUUUCGGACCACCCAUCUGAUGUUCCACACCGUCACCAAAUGCUUGAUGUCCAGAGACCGCUUCCUCAAAAUGAGAGCUAUGGAGAUCCUUGGCAACCUGAGCAAGGCGGAGGACAACGCGGUGCUGAUCUGCGAGUACGUGGACCGGGACUCGUACCGGGAGGUGAUCGCCCUGCUCACGCUGCCCGACCUCAUGCUGCUCAUGUCCUCCCUGGAGGUGCUCUACCUCCUGGCCCAGCUCGGCGAGAUCCCCUGCUCCAAGAUCGCCUCGGUGGACCACAGCAUAGACCUCCUGGUGCGUCUCGUCUCGGUGGACCUCCACACCUUCGGGCCGGACGCCCUCACGGCGGUGCGGCUCAUCGAGCACCAGGCCAGCGCGGGCCAGGCGGCCGAGGCGCGCCCCCAGCUGGUGGAGCAGACCCCUGUCCCGGCCCCCGGGGCCCCCCUACCUGUAACACGUGUUCCAGCCCAGGCGACUCCUACACCCCCUGGCAUCGUGGAGCUGGACGGGGAGAAGUUUACGCUACAGUGGCUCAACGCCCACUUUGAGGUGCAGGCGGAGGCGUCUGUGUCGCGGUCGGAGGUGUACUCGGAGUACCUGGCAACGUGCAGCAAGAUGGGCCGCACUAACAUCCUGAACUCCACAGGCUUCCUGAAAUGCUUACGGACGGUGUUCCCCAACCACACCAUGCGACGGCAGGACGACGCCAAGCCGGGCAGCCAGGUGCAGAUCUUCCUGGUGGGGAUGAGGAGGAAGGCCAUCCCCCUGCCCAUCCAGCUGUACUACCAGCAGCAGCAGCCGGCCGGCCCCCCAGAUGAUGGCCGAGGCUGUAGCGCCCCCCCUCAGGUGGGGCAUGUGCACGGCGGUCUUCGUCCCCAGCUGGUGCGGGGCCCGGCCGGCACCCCCCAACCCGUGGCGUUCACCCUGCACGAGCCGCGGCACCCGGGCCCCCAGCAAGGGGCCCCCAGCCCGCUGGCCGCCGCCACACAGCAGCUCCGCGCGGGCCCCGUGCUCCAGAUCCCCGCGUCGACGGCGGUCAUCCAGAACCACAGUCCCCAGAACCCCCCUCCUCACCCCCAUCACCCCCAGCAGUCGCCGAGCGCGGCCCCCGUCACGCUCUUCAAGCAGGUGCCCCCCGGCCACAUCCUGACGGCCCGGGUGCAGGGCGUGUGCCCCCCCCUGGGGGCCACGCCCCAGCCCGAGGCCCCCAACGCCGCGGCCCCCGGCUCUUCCUCCAUCCAGAACUUCCAGGUGGCCGGGGGCCAGGUGUUCACCAUCGCGGGCGUGUCCGGCGCCCAGGGCUCGCCGCGGGUCACCUUCCAAAACAUCGCCCCCAAGCCGGCGCCGCCCCCGCCCGGGGGUCUGGCGGCGACGACGGCGACCGGCGCCGCCGUCCCGCACGCUCAGCCGCCGCAGGGCGUGGUCAUGGUGGGCGCCACCCAGCAGCAGAGCCCCGCCUACACGCCCGCCCUCCACCAGAUCGUCCUGGCCAACCCCGGCGCGGCCCAGACGCUCCCGACGGCGGGGCCGCCCGGCUCCCCCUCGGGCCCCUGCCCCCCCGCGGCCGCCCCGCCCCACCCACCACCCCACGGCCAGCUGCAGCCGCCGCAGACGGUCAGCCACAUGCUGUCCCUGAAGCGGCAGCAGCAGCAGCAGCAGCAGCAGCUCCAGGUCGUGGCCCAGCCGCCCCCACCUACCUCCGCCGAGUCCAGCUUGAUCAAACAGCUUCUGCUUCCAAAGCGGGGUCCCAGCACCCCGGGGGGGAAGCUCAUCCUCCCGGCCCCCCAGGUGCCCCCGCCCGCCGCCGCCGCCGCCGGAGGCCCGACGGCGCCCGCCCAGCAGGUGGUCUACCAGGCCAGCUACACUGCCCAGUGCCCCCCGCCCCCACAGCAGCCCCAGCAGCUCAGCAUGCAGCUGGUCCCGGGGCCCCUCCAGGCCGGCGGCGGCGGGGGGGCCCCCCUCCAGGCGGUGCAGCUGCUCCCGGGCCAGGUGCUCUCGGCCGGGAGCCCGGGGGCCGCCACCGUCAUCCAGGGCCCCGCGGCGGGGGGGCAGGUCACCUUCACGGUGGUCCCCGGCACGGGCUUCACCACGUCGGCCGCCGCCGCCGCCGUCAGCCAGGGCGCCGUGGCGCCGGGCGUGUCCCCGCCCCCGUUCCCCGCGGGGUCGACGCCCUACCGCGCGCCGGCCACGCCGCCGCCGCCCCCUCCCCCGGCCCCGGGCCCGCUGAGGGGCGACAAGAUCAUCUGCCAGAAGGAGGAGGAGGCCAAGGACGCGGCGGGGCUGCACCUCCACGAGCGGAGGAUCGAGGUGAUGGAGAACUCGUCGGUGGCCGACGGCGGCUCCUCCAACGGCACGGCCAGCAACGGGGAGCUGGCCCCGCCCGGCGCCAAGCUCCUGAACGGCAGGAAGUGCGCCGAGGCGGGCCUGCCGUCGCACCACUCAGGGAUCGGCACGGCGGCGCCCAACGGGCCGGCGGUGGCGGGGGCCAACGGGAGGCCGGCUCCGGGGGACGGCGGCAAGACGCUGGUGAACGGCGUGUGCGACGUGGAGCGCGACGGCUGGCGGGCGGCGGCGUCCCACAACAAAAACAUUCCAAAUCACGUGGCUUCCAGACAGUACGUGGGGAACGGGGAGGUGGGCGCGUCAGGGCCCGGCUCCCCCCUCCCCGGCCCCCAGCAGGACGCGGCCAAAGUCCCGCAGGCGGAGCGGCUGGCCAACGGGCCCCCGGCGGCCGCCAACGGCCCCACGGGGCCCGGCCACGCCCUCCCUGCCCUGAGACAGCGGCUGCUCCCCAACGCCCCCCUCCCCCCCACCGCCGCCAUCACUGUUACCUCCCAGGGGCCCGCGCCGCCGCCUGCCAACGGCCUGGCCCCCGAGCCCCGGGGCCUCAAGCGGCCCUCGGGCCCCGAGGACUGGCCCCCGGUGGUCCCCAGUAAGGUGGGCGUGCGGAUCAUCACCAUCAGCGACCCCAACAACGCGGGCAGCACCGCCACCAUGGUGGCGGUGCCCGCGGGAACGGACCCAAGCACAGUAGCCAAAGUAGCAAUAGAGAAGGCCUCUCUGCAGAGGACCUGCUCACCCCCACAGGCAGCUGGCCCCCCGCUCGGCGGCCCCCCCCCCGCCGCCCCCGUCCCGGCAGGCAGCCCCGGCCCCCCCCCUGCCGCCGCCCCGGAGCCCAUCAGGAAAGCAGGGCAGAACUUCAAGUGUCUGUGGCAGUCGUGUAAACGGUGGUUUGAGACGCCGUCGCAGGUGUUCUACCACGGGGCCACGACCCACGGCAGCAAGGAGGCCUACCGGGGCCACUGUCUGUGGGAGGGCUGCGAGCCCUUCCCCCGGCAGAGACUCUCCUUCGUGACCCACCUCCAGGAUAAACACUGUUCCCGGGACGCGCCUGCAGGGUUGAAGCUGGAGGAGCAGUCCCAGAACAGCCCCAAUCCCAACGCUUCCCAGUAAGACCCCCCGGUGGCCAGCAGCACCCCGCCCACGCGGCCCCAGAAAGCUAUCGUCAAUCACCCCAGCGCUGCCCUCAUGGCCCUGCGCCGGGGGUCCCGCAACCUGGUCUUCAGGACUUCACCGUGAGUACCCCCCCCCCCCCAGAACAUGAUGUCACCCCGUUAGUGUUGGCGGUGUUAACGUGGAUGUGCUCUGUAUAAAGGUUUUAGAGGAUCUAUAAAGAGGGGAUCAGGCUAAUAAAUCAACCCCAGUUCUAAAGUUUUAAUAUCGGCAGAACAUUUACGCCGAUGUAUAUCGGUGGAGGUUAAAGAAGGCGGGGCCAGUUAAGACCAUGUGGUCCCCACCGAUACCAACCUCCUAGAGCAACGCGUCUGAGUGAACAACCCCCGUCUGUAGGGAGGCCUGGUGACUGCUCAGACGACUACAGCACUACUUUAUCUACAGUCUGAACGAGGGAUGAUGACCGUUUGACCGAUGGUUGACCGUAUCAACGUUAACCGAUCAAUCUCGUCGCUUGUCGGUUAAAAACAAAAAUUGGGGUCAGAGUGGACUGUGGAGUGUGUUGGUUUCACUUCACACAAAAAGUUGAUCAGAUGAGGUGACCGAUUGGAAGUCGGACGGACACUUCUUAACAAGUCUUAAAUAUUCCCGCAUGCGAGCGGCGGAGAAUAUGAUCUCUAAAUGAUUAUGGACAGUAGACUAAGACUACAGUUGGCCAUCUCAUUCCAAGAUAUUUUUGUGUGAAGUGAAAAAAAUUAUCCCUCACACAAAUUUUUUCCGUCUCCUCCAAACUAAACAAGCGGCGUCUCUUCGGAGCUGUCAUUUUCAUAACGAGCCGCGGCAAUGUUUCAAAUGAGUUCCUAACGCUGCCCUCCUUGGGAUUGGCCCCUGGUGAGUCCCCUUGCAGGGUCUCAGCCAGGUGGGCGUUCGGGCCCGCUCUCCACACGCGGUGAACUUGCAGUUAAUUCAAACACGGGUCGUGCCG